GAGACUGUCUCGCGCAGAUUUGACUGACUACCUUAGCAGGCAUUACAAGGCCCCUCGAAUGGUGUUGGCAGCAGCUGGAGGGGUGGAGCAUAGGCAGCUCCUAGACCUCGCCCAGAAGCACUUCAGCAGUGUCUCUGGAACAUAUGAAGAGGAUGCCGUGCCCAGUCUAAUUCCGUGCCGUUUCACUGGGAGUGAGAUCCGCCACCGUGAUGAUGCCCUGCCUUUUGCCCAUGUGGCCAUUGCGGUAGAGGGACCUGGCUGGGCCAACCCAGACAAUGUGGCCCUUCAAGUGGCCAAUGCUAUUAUUGGCCACUAUGACUGCACUUAUGGUGGUGGCAUGCACCUGUCCAGCCCACUGGCUUCAGUUGCUGUGACCAAUAAGCUGUGCCAGAGUUUCCAGACCUUUAACAUCUGCUACACAGAGACUGGGUUGCUGGGCGCACACUUUGUCAGUGACCGCAUGAGCAUCGAUGACAUGAUGUUCUUCCUGCAAGGGCAGUGGAUGCGCUUGUGUACCAGUGCUACAGAGAGUGAGGUGAUUCGGGGCAAAAACAUUCUCAGGAAUUCCCUGGUUUCUCAUUUAGAUGGUACCACUCCUGUAUGUGAGGACAUUGGACGUAGCCUCCUGACUUACGGCCGCCGCAUCCCCCUGGCUGAGUGGGAGAGCCGGAUUGCGGAAGUGGAUGCCCAGGUGGUGCGUGAAGUCUGCUCCAAGUACUUCUAUGACCAGUGUCCAGCAGUGGCUGGGUUUGGCCCCAUUGAGCAGCUCCCAGACUACAACCGGAUCCGCAGCGGCAUGUUCUGGCUGCGCUUCUAGGCAGGAAGCCUGUGCAAGCAAGAGAAUGGGGCCAGGGCUCGUGGUCCCUCACCACAAACAUACCACUCUGGUUCCUCAAAUCCAGACAGCUGAUUAUCACCAAUAAAGUAUUCUAUUGAGAAUUG